GUAAACGAUAAAGUCGCAAAACGCGCAACAUUGCGCCUCGUCGUUGGCUCGUCUCGUGCGUGCAUUCCAUGUGAAUAUCUACUUUAACUAGCAGCUUAGGCACUUCGGAUAAUUCCCCCUCCUAACUUUGGAUAUUAUAAAUUACGCUUUCGGCUGUGGAUAUACGCCCCGAUUUUGGAUUAAUUAACUACGAAAAGCGCCAUGUCGACUAUUAAAUAUCAAAUGAGCGCACUUCUACUGGCCACCGCAAUGGCCCUGCUGUGCGGCCAAGUGUUGGGGCAGGCCCAGCUGCUGGACGAGGACGAGGAUGUCUUUGGCAGGCCCUGGCCCACCUACAGUCUGCAGAAUAUGCCCAAGACGCAGUUCACCUGCCGCGACAAGAUACUUGGCGGCUACUAUGCCGAUCCUGAGACGCAGUGUCAGAUGUUCCAUGUCUGCGUCAAGCUGCCCGGAGUGGGGCUCUCACAUCGAAGAGUUAAUUCGUUUGUCCAACAGGUGCAGGACUAUCGCUUCCUCUGCCCAAACAGCACGGCCUUCGAUCAGGAGCUGCAGAUCUGCGCCAACUGGGCGGACGUCGAUUGCGACAAGUCCACGUCGCUCUAUCUGAACGAUUUGUAUCGCUCGGUGGACGAGAGCAAGAGCGUUAAUCAGGAGGAUGAGUCCACCUUCCAUUUGCAGCGCGCCGAAAGUGGUGAUGUGCGUCGCUCCAAGGAGAAUCGCGUCGAUCAAAAGUCGCGCCCCAGACAUAAUUAUGCGGUGACUGCUUCCAGUUCCAAUGCGGACAAUGCGCCGACAACCAAACGACCCAUCACUAGCUAUUAUACGCCCACGACAACCACGACCACAACAACAACAACCACGGAACGUAACUACUACAAUAACAAUAACAACAACUACAACAACAACAACAACAACUACAACGACGACUCAAAGCAAGACAUCGAUGAUAUCUUUAAAGGUUCCCACAGCUCGCACUUCUUUGCCAAUCGGCAUGGCGGGCGCGAAUUUGACGAGGAGCCGCCGCGUCCCAGGCCCAACGACUUCAACGAUUACAAUCGCAAGACCACUGAGGCGGCUAGCAAGACGCGUGUUACGCCCACACGUGGCCAGCGCACCAGCCAGAGUCCCAGUGCCAGUGCAGGCACCAGCACCACAGUUGCUCCCUCAACGAAAUCCGUGAAGAAGAUAACGCUGCAUGCUUCCUUCAAUACAGGCUUCCAGGACUAUACGCAGCACUACAAGUCGACCACGCCCAGCACCUUGGCGCCCACAGCGAGCACCACACCGCGCCUGGGCAGCGGCAUCACCAGCCGCUUCAGCUUCGGCUCCAAUGACUAUCAGACCCAGGAGCGCAUCCAGCCAACCACAUAUAAUCCGAACAAUGGUUUUCGCUACAAGAGCACGGAGCAGCCGUCCAGCUCGACCAAGCUGACGGGCAAGAACGCCCAGGACUUUGACAAGGAGACCACCAGACGACACAAGCCCACUGUGUCGGCACGCAAGCAGAAACUCGGCCCGCAGGAGUCGAACUACAUCAAUCACAACGAGUUCGCUGAGCUGGCCAAGCCGCAGCCAUUCCAGGCCAACCAAGGUGCAGCCCGGAAGCCCGCCCAGCUGGAGCCGCAGUAUCAACGGCCUCGCUCCCAAUCAACCGCACAGCAGCUGACGCGCGUGGGCAGCCAGGAGCCGUCGCCAUUCAAGUCCUCGUCGAGCGGCUCUGCCUCCAAUGCCAAGCCGCGCGCCUUCACCAGCCGCGGCAGCAUCACCUACAAGGCGACCACCCAGCGCUAUGCCGACGAUGAGUUCUACUAUCCGACCACCACCAGCACUGCGAAUCCCAGCAAGAAGUUGUCCACGCAGGCCUUGAGGGAUGCCUUUACGCCCACCACCUUCAAGCCGACGACGUACAAGAAGGCCUACGAGCAGAGCUUCUAUCAGGUGCAGCAAACGCAGCGCCCCAGCCAGAGUCCGAGCUCCAAGAGGACGACGGCUGUGACGCCUGCGCUGCCCACCACAGCCAAUCCGUACGCCAAUAUAGAUGAGGAUGACGGACAGUACCAUCCGGAGCUGUAUGAGAGUGAUUUCCCACGCAACCGCUUCAAGUUUCUGCGCAAUCGAUCAACUACCAGCCCCACGACCUCCACGAGCACCACCAGCGCUCCCGUCUCGAGCAGGCAGCCGCAUGGGUUUCAGCAGGCGCACAGCCACCUGAGGAGCCAGCAGCAGUCCGCCUAUCAGAAGCAGCAUGAGCAGGAGCAAUCGGAUCUGAGCGACGAGGAUGAGCUCUUCAAGACGGCACAAUCGCUCAACUUUGGCGCUGCCAGCAUCAAUAAGCUACGCGCUGAUAUCUACAAGGCGGAGAAGACCUCGCAGCAGUAUAACUCCCAGUACAGUCCACAGUUGGCGCCAUCUAGUCCGAAGACGACCGCCCAGGUGACCAGCUCCACCACAACAUCAACGACAAGCACUACAACCACAACAAGACGCCCCACAACAAGCACAACGAAAGCGACAACAACAACAACCACCACCAGCUCUCUGGUGGAGUCUAAGAAAUCGGCCAAGAGCAAAAAGGAGGACAAGAAGAGCAAGCGGCCGCCAUAUGCCGACGAGGAUACCAGCUACGACUACGCCUACUACGACACGGCCUGAGCUCCAGCUCAGCAGCAGCAUCGGCAUACGCCCAGCUCAGCUCAGCCUAGCCCAGUCCCCAAACUACAUAGCCCUUAAUUUGUAUGCCUUCAUCGCAAACUAACAAUGUUAGCACACACACUUGAAUCCUCUCCAGCAGCAACUAUAUAGGUGCCACAGUAUUUUAUAUAUACGUAUACACAAAUCAAAAUAACUUCCCGUUUAGAUUCAGCUAUUGCUCGCAUUUUUUCAUCGUCUUCGGCUAUUCGUGGCCUCUGAAUACCCAUUAACACUCGCGUACAUUCAUUCAAUCAGAUGCGUUCGUUCUAAUGAAUUUCCAUGCGUGUAUCUAGUUAUUUAAAUAAAACAAACAUAUUUUUA